AUGGUUUCACACAUAAUUAGUGAGAUUUUUCCACCGUUGAUAUCAAUCUUGAUCGUGUUCGUGUUAAUCAUCUUAGAUUCAUCAACGAAGAUAAUCAACGCUAGAGAGUUACGACCGUCGGAUCACGGCCUCGAGUACAACUACGAACCAAGCGAGUCGUCGGAGAUGACGUCAUUCUUCGGACCACCUUCUUCAAAUGAGCUGACGUCGACGUCAUCAUCGUCGCCGUCUGGCUCGACGUUGCCUAGCGCGGUGAAAUCUCCGUUGACGUCAUCGAAAGGGAGCUUGGUGUGUGCACUCUCCGGCGUCGUUUUGAUGGUUGCUUCUGCUAUUAUUUAUUUGAAUGGAUAUCCAAAAAUACAAAAUUCAUCUAGUAAUUCUGAUCAGAUUAUUCAUAACAAUGCCAAGUAG